AUGCGCGGCCUGGUCGUGCGGGCCCGCGCGCUGUCCCGGGCCCUCCCGCGGGCGGGCCGCGGCGACCGCGCCUGCGCCAGCGGGGCGGGCGCUGCGCCGGGCGGCGCGGGCCAGCCGCAGGCCGCACCGGGCGGCGCCGGGCAAGGGCGCGCCUUGCGGAGGGGCGCUGUGGCGGCGGUCGUGGUCGCGGCGGGGGCCGCGGGGGGGCUCUACGCCUACAGCGAGCAGCUGAAGGCCGAGGCGGCGGAGGCGCAGCGGCGGCAGGGCGAGGAGGAGGCACGGCGGAGGUUGGAGCAGGAGGCGGCGGCCGCGCGCGCGGCCGAGGACGCCGCCGCGCGCCAGCGCGCGGAGGAGGCCCUGGCGCGGCAGCGCGAGGAGCUGGAGGCCGUGGCCGCGCUGGAGCGCGAGCGGCAUGAGAGGCACAAGGAGGAGGACGAGUCCGAGGAGGGCGCCGCCGCGAGGCAGCAGGCCGUCGAGGAGCAGCGCCGUCAGGAGGAGGAGCGGCGCGUGCAGGAGGCGCAGCGGCUCCGGCUCGAGGAGGAGCAGCGCCGGCUGGAGGAGGAGGAGCGGCUCCGCCUCGAGGAGGAGCGGCGCCGGCUCGAGGAGGAGGCGGCGCGCCGCGCGGCCGCGCUGGAGGCGCUGGAGGCUGCUGUCGCGCGGCGGGAUCCCGCUGCGUGCAGAGAGGCGCUGGGCGUGGCGCGCGGCGCGGGCCUGGACGCGGCAGCGUGCCCUCGGGGCCGGCUCGCGGCGGCCCUCGCGGAGCCGGCGCAGCUGAACGCCGGCUUGCUUGCCGUGGAGCAGGCCGACCAGCUCGCCGAGCUUCGGUCGCAUGCCCCUGGCAUUGGUGCCGAGGAUUUCGUCAUGGCCGCGGCGGUGUGCGCGUCCGCUGCUGACGGGGAGGAGUCCCUGCGCAGGAAAGCGGGCGAGCUCGCCGCUGCGCUGCAGAGGAACUGCGGCAUCCACCUCGCAAGCCUCGAGGCCAGGCUGGCGGAGGCGCAGGGCAUGCUCCGCGAGCGCUGCGCCGUGCGGGUGGACUCCGCGCUGGAGAGGC